AUGAUAUUUCCAGCUCCAAAGCAUUCCUAUCGUGAAGAACAUUUGAGAGUUAAUAUUAUAGUUAUUUUUAGGAACUUGUCAAGAUUCCCUAUUAUGAUGAUUUAUUUAAGUUUUAUUAAGCAUCUCCUAAAACUCGUAUUUAAUUUCAUAAAAUUGAUCCUUUUAAACCACCUGAGGAAAUUCCAAAUGUAUUUUAAUAAUAAGAAUUUAGGAUAUUAGUUAGCUUUCAAUCUAUGAUGAUUAAGUUGAUGAACUUCCUAGUUAACGAAUUCCUCGAAUGAAUAAAACAAUUUCUGUAUGUAGACAAUAAAAUAUGUUUACAAUGUCAGAAAUUAGAAACAAUUUGAAAGUUUCAAAUACUCCUCGUAUAAGUAGUAAUUCUAAUACAUUGAACUCAUUUAGUAAUAAUAAAAAUUAUAGAUGUUCUAAAUAAAUUCCAUGUUUAUAUUUAAAAGCUUCGAUUCCUACUAAAAAAACUAUUUUAUAUUUUCAUGCUAAUUGUGAGGACUUAUUGUCUUCAUAUAAUUUAGUUGACUUUUUAAGACACAAUAUGAAAAUGAAUGUUUUGUCAGUUGAAUAUCCAGGAUAUGGAGUUUAUUAGGGAUAGUCAAAUGAGGAUAAUAUAUUGAAAGAUGCUGAAUAUAUAUAUAAAUAUGUUGCAUUUCAUUCUGUAGUUGAAGAGAAAAAUAUGAUAGUAAUGGGUAGAUCGAUAGGAACAGGAGUUGCAUGUCAUUUGGCAUCUAUAUUUUAACCUGGACUUUUAGUAUUGAUUUCACCUUUUUUAUCAUUAUAAGAGAUUGUGAAUGAGAAAUAUCCUUUAGUUAAGAAAAUGGUUAAGGAGAGAUUUGUUAAUAAAGAUAAAAUUCAAUUAGUAAAAUCUCCUGUUUUUAUUUUACAUGGUUUAAAAGAUAAUAUAGUUUCAGUCGAAUAAGGAAAGAAACUUUAUGGUAUAUUAUUAUAUUUAUAAUAUUUAGAAUUAUGCAAAAGUGCAUGUUUAUUAAGAACACCACCUGAAAUGACACAUACUAGAUUUUAAUUUGAAAAUGAUUUGACUUUGCCUAUGUUAAAUUUUAUGAGAUCAAUGAAUUUACUUUGA